GGAGGAGAAGAGGAGGAAGACCGGUGGUUGGGGCCAACCUGGUCCGUGGUUGUGAAGUCGGGGGCUGGAGAAACCUGCCUUGCCUAGCCGGAUAAAUCCCUGAAUUAAGGAGUAAUGUUGCGAAGGAUAAUGUCUCUGGCUGCUUAUUGUGUGGUUUGCUAUAGAAAGAUAGGAACUUUAGGUUCAACAUGGAAAGUUGAUCAAUCAUGGAAAGAUAUCAGAAAAAUUGUGAAGUUAACAGGCUCACUUAUUCUGGGUGGUUGUAUAUUUGCUACUUACGAAGUUUUGACUUUAAGAAAAUUAUUCAGUUUUGAUACCCAAGUGGUACAACAAGAAAAACUGAAAUCCUACAUCUACUUACAAACAGUUUCUUUAGAUCAAAGUGACUAUCAAGGAGUUAUAUAUCAAGUGAGAAAGAAGCUUCACCGAGCAGCCAAGAAAAUUAUAGAAAUGCAUGCUCGAAUUUUCCAAAAGCCCUUUGAUGAACGCUUCAGUACCCUUGAUGCAGAAGAACGCGAUUAUGCCUUGUGGCUGCUUGUGAAAAGAAGUCAAUCAAAUGAUAAAAUGGUCCGAUUACAAGCUGUGGAGGAAUUGGCUGCCAAUCGUUACUGGCAUGAUUAUCAGUACAGGACUGUUGCCCAAACAAGCGACCAGAGAACUGCUAUAGCUUUAGCGCGGAGUAAAGACGUUGAUCUGCGAUUUUUCCUGCCUCCUCAUCUUUUACUGAAUCCACAAGAUACUUGUUGCUUAGAAGAUGAACUUCGACUGCUACUGGCAGCUUUACCUCAAACAGAUCUUGACCAGUGUGUACAGUAUUUUACCUCUUUAGCUUUAAGAGAAAGCAGCCAGACCAUAGCUGCCCAAAAGGGAGGCUUAUGGUGCUUUGGAGGUAAUGGACUUCCAUAUUGUGAAAGUCUUAGUACCGUACCGGCAAAGACAGUGGAACUCUUCUGUCUGCAAGCUUUAGUGGAACAUUCCAAGAUCCCUAGCCAUUGUAAUAAAAUUGAAGCAAACAAGGGACUUCAACUCCUGCAAAAGUUGUAUCACCUCCAUAGAGAUUCUCACAAGAUACAAAGAAGUAUCAUUCACAUAAUUGGAAAUAUGGCAUUAGACGAACGUCUUCAUGCAUCAAUAACACGUGCAGGAUGGGUUUCUAUACUAGCAGCUAUGACGAAGUCUCCACGCGUCAUGGAAUCCUCUCACGCUGCAAGAGCCUUGGCUAAUCUGGACAGGGAAGUGGUGCAAGAAAAAUACCCAGACGGUGUAUACAUUUUACACCCACAAUGUCGAACCAAUGAGCCCAUUAAAGCUGAUGUCCUUUUUGUUCAUGGCCUUUUGGGAGCAGCAUUUAAAACAUGGAGACAACAGGACCUUGAGGACUCUGCAGAUGAGAGAGACUUGGAUGUGGAAGAUGACUACAGUGAAUGUUGGCCAAAAACUUGGUUAGCAUCUGACUGCCCAUCGCUUAGAAUUAUUUCUGUGGAAUAUGAUACCCACCUUAGUGACUGGAGAACCAAAUGUCCUGUAGAGAGCUACAGAGAAUCUCUUGCAUAUCGAAGUACUGAGCUUCUCAAGAAACUAAGAGCUGCUGGGAUUGGAGACAGGCCUCUCGUAUGGCUGUCGCAUAGCAUGGGCGGCCUUCUAGUCAAGAAAAUGCUGCUGGAUGCUUCCAUGGACCCUGAAAUGGCUUCCAUAGUGGACAGCACGCGGGGGAUUGUAUUUUAUAGUGUUCCUCACCAUGGCUCCCGGUUGGCUGAAUAUUCUGUAAAUAUUCGGUUUCUGCUCUUCCCUUCUGUGGAAGUCAAAGAGCUCAGCAAAGAUUCGCCUGCCCUGAAAGCACUGAAUGACGACUUCAUCUCAUUUGCCAAGAACCAGAACUUUCCAGUAUUAAGCUUUGCAGAAACUUUGCCAACACGAGUUGGCAGAAUGCUGAGUCUGCAUGUCGUUCCAGUGGACUCUGCAGAUUUGGGCAUUGGAGAACUCAUCCAGGUAGAAGUUAGCCACCUCAACAUUUGCAAACCGAAGAACAAAGAAUCUUUCCUGUAUCAACAGACCUUAAAGUUUAUUCAAGAUUCUCUAAAAAGGGAGCUGGGAAAUCACUGAACGACCACACUGUGCAUAUUUGUUCUUUUACUGGAGCAGUUAUGCCAACUUUUCUUUGAAUCUGGGCCUGUCCUUGGCAGGGCGGCUGUUUUAUUACAGUCAAGCUAUUUUUUUUUACCAUUGCUUAAUGGGAAACAGUGGAUGUAUUUCUGGUGUUGUAUAUUGUACAAAGCAUUGUUGUUCAUUUUGAGUUCCAUUUAAUGCUUGACAAGGAAACGGUUAUCUGGGCUCCUAGAAGGUCUUUUCAUUGUUUUGUAAGCAUGUGUUUUACCUAAAGAGAUCUUCAUUCUCUGCUCAAUAUA